AUGUCAUACAACGAAAGAGAAGGCUUAGAAUUAAGAAAGGAAGGGCCCUUUAAAUUAACUGCUUACAGUUGGUUAAAAAUGUUCAUAUUUGAAGGGCCGGUUUUGGCCCCUGGAAAAAACAUCAUACAUAAUCAAUGGAUUGUGCUUUCCUUUGUUUCAUGCCAAAUAGAUUAUCUCAACUUGUUUCCUAAUAUUCAUGCGGUGUCGCAUUUCAAAUUCGUGUGGAUGACAUAUCCGAAAGAACCUUACUAUUAUUAG